UCCUCGAGAGGCGAGGGGGAGGCGCCGGCGCCCGGGGAGUUUGCCGUGGUGGCGGAGGCCGAGGGAUACCGCGGCCGGCCAUGGGAACCCGAGAGGAGCCGAACGGAGACCGCGACGGCCGGCGCUGCCUCUCCGCUGGGGUGAUCGCCCGUUGCUGACCCGCCAGGCUCGAGCAAGGCCCGGAGAGCUGUCAUGGAGGAGGUGGUAGAGGAUGACAUCUGUAUUUUGAACCAUGAAAAAGCAGACAAUGGUCAUAAGAGAGAUGGGGAGAUUCCUGUGUCAUCCUACAGUGGAGAUGAGUCUGUUGCCUCGCACUUUGCGCUUGUCACUGCGUAUGAAGACAUCAAGAAACGAUUAAAGGAGACAGAGAAGGAGAACUCCCUCUUAAAAAAAAGAAUAAGAAUUCUAGAAGAGAAGCUGCUUGGCUCCCGGCUGGAAGAGGAAUGCAGUUCAGUUGGACGUGAGCAAGUAAACAAAGCCUACCAGGCCUAUCGAGAUGCCUGCAUAGACCGAGAUCAUCUGAAAAGCAGGCUGGAUAAAGUGAUGAAAGAAAGUGCAGAAUCCUUGAAAACCUUGAAUGAACAGUUGCAGUCUAAAGAAGUAGAGCUGUUACAACUAAGAACUGAAGUGGAAACUCAACAAGUGAUGAAAAAUCUGAGUUGUACUCAGUCCAGCUGGGAAAUAGAAAAGCUGAACAGUGACCUGAAAGUGCAUAGUCUGGAGCAGAGUCUUGAAAAGCUCAAGGAAGAGUGCAGCAGUCUCAAAAAGGAGUUGCAAAAAUCCAAGCAGAAGGACCAAGCUCAAAAUGAAAAUCCAUCCAAUGGAGAUGACCUUCAAAGGCAAGACAUCCAGAGUGUGCAACAAGCGUAUUGGGAACUGAAGAGAGAGAUGGCAAAUUUGCGUCUGGUGGCUGACCUGCAAGCUGAGGUUCUGCGAAAACUGAAACUGAACCCAACAGCAACCAAGAAAGCUGCCUCUACUGCACCAGUACAAUGUGUUGACUUGAACAUUUCACAGUUGAAUUUGACAUCUGGGGUGGCGUAUAAAAACCUCUCACAAAAUGACAAAGUGCCCUGCAAUCCUGUGUCUCCCCCUCUGUCAAGAGAUGCAAAAUUCCCAUCUGAAAGGGUGACUCUACAACCAUGGACAGAUGAGAAACCCAUUCCACUUGAUGGCAGAGUGUUUCAGGAACACCAUUCGUAUGGAAAGAGCUCGCUGGAAGAUAAUUCCUGGGUAUUCCCAAGUCCUCCAAAGCCUAAUGAGAAUGUGUUCUGGGAGAUGAGAAACAAAACUUUGUUAAACUGUCCAGCAGAUUACCUGGAUCAGUGUAAUCAAAACUGUCUACACAAGAGUUAAACCAUGUUUAGAGUGGACCGAGGCACUUCUAGAGUGGUACUGAAUAGGCACCUUAACGCUUGAACUUUGGCAGAUAGAAAACAAAUUUCCUGAAAUGUGCUUUCUUUAUUUUUAAUUCCAGUUCUGAAACAGAAAGUCUAGUCUUCCUCUGCUGUAAAUCCAUGAGCAAGUUCCUCGAAGUUAAAGUAGUGCUGGUGUAAUGUCACUGUAAAGAAAUCUGGCUUGUGGCCUAGAUAGUCUUGUACUGCAAAUGACCUCCAUUUGCAAGGGAACACUGAAAAGUGAGUUCUUGGAAUAAAACAAAAUGAUCCAGUUCUGUAUUUGUUUGCUAUUUGUAUGUUAUCAAGAAUUUGGACCAGCUCUAAAGUUAUUUUUGACAGCAGGAUUUUAUUUAUUUUUUGGGUUUUUUUUCAGAAGGCAUCAAAUGAAGAAAUGGAUUCCCUCUCCUUUCCUCCUUUCCAGUAACUUUCUGUUUCCUACUGGUUUAGAAAUGGAUUUUAUGUCCUUUUUAACAAAGAAAAGUGAGAUUAUUUUGCCAAAAUCUUGACUUAUAUAUUAGGCAGUGGCAAGAGAAGAAUCACUGCUAGGCUCUCCUGUUUAGAUGUGCCAUUUUGGGCCUCAUUGUGAAUGACAAAACGAUCCUAGGUAAUGCUGCUGACCACCAUGAACCCUGGAUGUUCAGCUCGAUACCCUCAGUUCAUGCCGCAGCAAACAGUUCUGCGCACAGUGUGGCUACUACAGAAUCUCCCUGGUCACAGUGCAGUUAUUCUUACCUUGCCUCAUUUGCACAGCACCAGAACCUUGCUAUUUAUUUGUGUGGUGGAGGCUACUAACUUUUCUUUUACUAAAGAAACAAAGCCUUAAUUUAAUCUGACUAGGUAGUGUAGCAGUGUUGACGUACUUGGGUAGCACUUUUGUGGUAUCUAUACCAUGCCACUGAGCACUAGAGUUACUGCAACUGCCUACUUCAUGGGUGUCUGAGUAGUACUACUUUUCCUUUUAAGGCCAAAUAAUUUAGACCAGUUAUGCCCCUUUUUUGUUAUUUUUGGUGUU